UUCACAUCUUUUCUGUUGAAGAAUUAGUUGAGAAAUAGAAGAAUUUCGAACUCAAGCUCAACUUGUGGCCUUAGUAUAAAAAUGAAAUCUUAUUUUUUCUUAUUAUUAACGAUUUGGUUUUUGUUGCAUUGCGCUAACGCUGCCCGCAUCAAAACUUUAACAAAAAUAAAUGGUCCACUGGUUCGAAAACUUUUAAUUAAGCAUCCAAUAGUAUUCUUGACAAUACCAGAUUGUUCUCUUUACACCGAUGGAGCCUUUCUUCCAGAUCCAUCAAGUUGUUCAUCUUAUUAUAUGUGUGUUAAUGGAAAGGCGGUAAAACGUCAAUGUGCAUCAGGACUUUUAUUUGAUAGUACGAAGUAUAUUUGCAAUCUUGCCGCACUUGUUGAUUGUGAUUUAGAUGACGAUGAUAGUGAUACCACACCUUCACCGCUAGCUGACACAACAACUGAAACAACUGAAACAACAACUACAACAACACAUAGUAGAAGGUUAAUAAGACCAUAUCGUCAUUAUUCUCAUUCUGGUUCAUGCUAUACAACACCAUGUCCUCCUCCAUGUCUUUCAACGCCGUGCCCGCAGCUACCUUGUACAUCAUCUUAUCAACAGUUGCCUUGUACAUCAUCUUAUCCACAGCUACCUUGUACAACACCUUGUUCACGGCUGCCUUGUACAACACCUUGCUCGCAACGACCUUGUACAACUCCUUGCCCACAAUUACCAUGUACAACGCCUUGCCCACAACGACCUUGUACAACACCUUGUCCACAACUACCAUGUACAACGCCUUGCCCACAACGACCUUGUACAACAGCUUGUCCACAACUACCUUGUACAACGCCUUGCCCACAAAGACCUUGUACAACACCUUGCCCACAACAACCGUGCACGACACCUUGUCCACCACCUUGUCAAGAACCAUCAUAUACUGCUCCAAUAUACAUUGCACCACCUUGCACUGAAGCUCCAUAUAUUGUGCAUCCAUAUAUACCAACAUAUACGUAUAUCCCACCACAUAUACCAGUAUAUGAAUCACCUCCAUGCACGUCUCCAUGUACACCGCCUUGUACACCUGUACCAUGUACUACUAAAGCUCCUUCUGCUACGACUCCUAAGCCAGAAACAAUAAAGCAGAAAAUACGUAUAUUGCAUAAUUCAAGAGAUUGCUCAACUUUAGCAGAUGGGACUUUCUUACUCCAUCCCAGACAUUGUCAGCGGUAUUAUGUGUGUAAAAAUCGAAGAGUGCAUCGUCUACGAUGUUCAUCUGGCGAAUGGUUCGAUUACGAAGCACAAAAAUGUCGACCAAAAUUCGAAGUGCACAAUUGUCCUGCACAAUGUAAUUAAAUUUUUGUUUCAAUAUAUGAAAAAAAAUUAAAAACUAUAUUAAAAAAUAAAAUAUUAAUUAAU